AUGAUCCAACAGCCUGAGUCUAAUCUCAUCGAUCAUACCAAAGAGAGCGAGCUCUUUGAAGUAAUUCCAACUCAAACCACCUCUGAAUCGCUGCUUGCGCAGCAACCAACCACUGAAAGUUCAGAUUCCUUUCCAACCUCUCAAUUUGAGCCUUCUAAAUUUCAAAUAAGUUCAAUCAAUUCAAAGAAGCCGAUUUCAAGCCAGGAUCUUUUUUCAGUCCAAGAGGAAGAUCAUGAGAAUUUUCAAGAAAAGGAUCCUUUACUUUUUGAAGAACCUUGCGAAUGGGACAAUUCUCUUCCAUUUCAUUCCACUCAAUUACUGGAUGAUGUAUUUGUGUACGCAGAUUCUAAUAGCCUUUCCAGUGAUGAUCUUGAUAAGUUACCUGUUGCUUCAUGUUCGGAUUCUGUCAGUAGCCCAAGUCCUCGACGAGGUUUACAAAACAACCAUGCAGUGAGUCUCAUUGAGGAUGAAGAGGAAAGGCUUGAGAGUCUUUCACCAAAGGCACUCGCAGAAUCAUCUUUGACCUUGCAGCUUUCAAAGAAGAGUGAGGAUUCCUUGAGCUUUGUCGUCUUGCUGAACGAUGAUGACGUUAAACAAUCUCAACAUGAUGAUACAAAGAGUGAUGAUACUGAGAAAUGCAAGGCUGAAGUCGUGGUGCAAUUAUCGUCCACAAAACCCUCAUUCACAGUUUCGUUACAAACAUCAUUCGCUACGAAGAACGGAGUGAAGGCAAUUAAGCCUUGUGCCUUUUCAAACAAGAGAACAACGAUUAGCGACAAGGACAAGACUCUCUUGCUUUCCAUUACGUCUCCUCCUUUGACGACCACUCAACCAUUGAGUAGAAAUGACUUUGACUUGUUUAUUGUUGUCAAGGAAAGUUGUCAUGGUGAAAACGUUGUUGUCAUUAAGGAUGGAAAGCAAGAUCAAUUCAAGAAGCUUGAUUUAGAUCCUGAAGGAAAUAGUUUGUUACAAGUGGUGAAAGAAACUGUAAUUGACGAUCACACGAUUGAAAUCUCUUGUAAAAUUACAACCUCAAACAAUUAUGGUUGGAAGACCAAACACCCUGUCUACAACUUUGUUGUCCAAUCAAAAUUGGCAAACGUUUACUCUGCUCUCUCCGAAGGAUUUAAGGUAACACAAAGUGUAAGUUGA